AUGGUAGUGCUGUGGGCCCUCGCUCUGGCCUUGGCUGCAGGUCUGGCCUCCGCCUACCCACCGAACAUUGUGCUGAUCUUUGCUGAUGACCUGGGCUACGGGGACCUGGGCUCCUACGGCCACCCCACAUCCAGCACCCCCAACCUGGACAAGCUGGCCGCCGCAGGGCUGCGGUUCACAGACUUCUACGUGCCAGUGUCUCUGUGCACACCUUCCCGGGCUGCCCUCCUGACCGGCCGACUCCCGGUUCGGUCAGGCCUGUACUCUGGCGUUCUGAAGCCUGGCUCCCGAGGGGGCCUGCCCCUGGAGGAGGUGACCCUGGCUGAGAUCCUGGCUGCCCAAGGCUACCUCACAGGGAUGGCUGGCAAGUGGCAUCUUGGGGUGGGGCCUCAGGGGUCCUUUCUGCCCCCCCACCAGGGCUUCCAUCGAUUCCUGGGCAUCCCAUACUCCCAUGACCAGGGACCUUGCCAGAACCUGACCUGCUUCCCACCAGCCACCCCCUGCAAUGGAAUCUGUGACCAGGGCCUGGUCCCUGUGCCGCUGUUAGCCAACCUGACUGUGGAGGCGCAGCCCCCCUGGCUGCCGGGACUUGAGGCCCGCUACGUGGCUUUCGCCCGUGACCUCAUGGUUGAUGCCCACCGCCAGGGCCGCCCAUUCUUUCUGUACUACGCCUCCCACCAUACCCACUACCCGCAGUUCAGUGGGCAAAGCUUCGCCGGGCACUCAGGUCGUGGGCCAUUCGGAGACUCCCUGUUGGAGCUGGACUCGGCUGUGGGAGCCCUGAUGACAGCCGUGAGGGACCUGGGGCUGCUUAAAGACACACUGGUCAUCUUCACCUCAGACAACGGACCGGAGACAAUGCGGAUGUCCAACGGCGGCUCCUCUGGCCUACUGCGAUGCGGAAAGGGAACCACCUUUGAGGGGGGUGUCCGAGAACCUGCCUUGGCCUUCUGGCCGGGCCACAUCACUCCCGGCGUGACCCACGAGCUGGCCAGCUCCCUGGACCUCCUACCCACCCUGGCAGCCCUGGCUGGGGCCCCACUGCCCAACGUCACCUUGGAUGGCUUUGACCUCAGCCCCCUGCUGCUGGGCAAAGGCAAGAGCCCCCGGAAGACUAUGUUCUUCUACCCACCCUUCCCCGAUGAGAUCCGAGGGGUCUUUGCUGUGCGAAGCGGGAAGUACAAGGCCCACUUUUUCACUCAGGGCUCCGCCCACAGUGACACCACACCAGACCCUGCCUGCCAUGCUUCCAGCCCUCUGACGGCCCAUGAGCCCCCACUGCUCUUUGACCUAUCUAAGGACCCUGGUGAGAACUACAACCUGGUGGGGAGUGGGGCCGAAGUCGCCCCCCAGACCCUGGAGGCGCUGAAACAGCUUCAGCUGCUCAAGGCCCAGUUUGAUGCUAGCAUGACCUUCAGCCCCAGUCAGAUGGCCCGGGGUGAGGACCCUGCCCUGCAGAUGUGCUGCCACCCCAGCUGCAGCCCCUGGCCCUCCUGCUGCCACUGCCCAGGGCCCCUGCGCUGA